CUCCUCCGCUGGCUCCGGGAGAGCCGGCAGUCCCGGAAACUGAUCCUGCUGAUCGUGUUCAUCGCCUUGCUCCUGGACAACAUGCUGCUGACGGUGGUCGUGCCAAUAAUUCCCAGUUACCUUUACAGCAUCAAACAUGAGAAAAAUGCCACAGAAAUCCAGACUGCUAAGCCUAAGGUAGUCUCAACAACAACGGACAAUUUUCAGAGCAUCUUCUCCUACUACGACAAUUCAACGAUGGUUACUGGAAACGAGUCUGAUAAGACAGGACCCAGAGAGUUGCAUCAUACUCAGACAGAACAAAUGAUAGUAAAUGCAACUCCUUCCCCGUCUGACUGCCCUAAGGAAGAUAAGGACCUGCUGAAUGAAAAUGUUCAAGUCGGCCUCUUGUUUGCUUCAAAAGCAACAGUGCAGCUCAUCACCAACCCCUUCAUAGGGCCGCUGACAAACAGAAUAGGCUACCAGAUUCCACUGUUUGCUGGCUUCUGCAUCAUGUUUGUGUCAACAAUCAUGUUUGCCUUCUCAGGAAGCUACACAUUACUGUUUAUUGCCAGGUCCCUUCAAGGAGUGGGUUCCUCUUGCUCUUCUGUGGCAGGGAUGGGCAUGCUCGCCAGUGUAUAUACCGAUGAUGAAGAGAGAGGCAACGCAAUGGGAAUUGCCCUAGGAGGCCUUGCUAUGGGAGUAUUAGUGGGCCCACCUUUUGGGAGCGUCAUGUACGAGUUCGUGGGGAAGAGUUCUCCUUUCCUGGUGCUGGCAGCACUGGCUCUGUUAGAUGGAGCUGUUCAGUUAUUUGUCCUGCAGCCAUCCAGAGUACAGGCAGAAAGCCAGAAGGGGACACCGUUACUGACGCUUCUGAAGGACCCGUAUAUCAUUAUUGCAGCAGGAUCAAUCUGCUUUGCAAACAUGGCUAUUGCUAUGCUUGAACCAGCUUUACCCAUCUGGAUGAUGGAGACCAUGUGUUCAAAAAAAUGGCAGCUUGGUGUUGCUUUUCUUCCAGCUAGUGUCUCUUAUCUCAUUGGGACUAAUCUUUUUGGGAUACUUGCACACAAAAUGGGAAGGUGGCUUUGUGCUUUACUCGGGAUGCUAAUCGUGGGAAUAAGUAUUUUAUGCGUACCGUUUGCUAAAAAUAUUUAUGGGCUCAUAGCACCAAAUUUUGGAGUUGGAUUUGCCAUUGGAAUGGUGGACUCGUCCAUGAUGCCAAUUAUGGGCUACCUCGUAGAUCUGCGUCAUGUGUCAGUCUAUGGCAGCGUGUACGCAAUAGCAGAUGUUGCCUUUUGCAUGGGCUUUGCCAUAGGUCCGUCUGCUGGUGGUGCCAUUGCAAAGGCCAUUGGAUUUCCAUGGCUCAUGACAAUUAUAGGGAUUGUGGAUAUCCUCUUCGCUCCUCUGUGCUUUUUCCUUCGAAGUCCACCUGCCAAAGAGGAGAAAAUGGCGAUACUCAUGGAUCACAACUGUCCUGUGAAAACAAAAAUGUAUACCCAGAACAACAUCCAGUCCUACCCCAUAGGGGAUGAAGAGGAGGAGUAUGAAAGCGAUGAAUAACAUGAAAAGCCAUAUAAUGUAUUUCAGUGUACAAAAUGCAGUGUUUCAUGCGAAACAUCUCAUCCAGAAAUAGGUUUCAGUUGCACUGUACAUUUAAUAGUGAAAUGGUCAAAAAAGCAAAGGUGUACUCUUCAUUGCCCAUGGUUAUCAAGCAGACUGCUAACCGCCUUAUAAGGGGGGGACCAGCUUUUACAGAGGAUUUGUAUAGUGUUAAUCUUUAUUUUGUGUAUUUAAUUUUCUUGAAUAUUACACUAUAUUUUUGAUUAAAUGUGUAGUAUAAAUCUGUAUAAACAUGUGAAUUUUAACUAUUUGCUUUUUCAAGUCAACACAUCAACACACAAUGUUUCAUGUUUUGUUUGGAGCCGUAACUUACUCGCUAGAGCUUGGGUCUGCCUUACCUCAUUGGAAGGAUUAAAAAAAGCAAAGCUCAAAGAAAACCCAUCUGAUUUACAUCCUUUUAAACUGUAACCCUUGUAAGUACAUUGGGAGGAGCUGAAGGCUGGAAUUCAGACUGUAGAUGCGGCUAUGACUUUUUUUGAUCAACUUUAGAUCACGCAUUAGUAAAAUAAAAGGCACCACUUCUUUGCCAAUUUCAGAAAUGAGCUCUACCUGAACCACUCACGGAAUGGUGGGAAAAGCAGUAUUUUGGACAGAUGAGUGUACUGCUGUUAGUUAGCACUAUUUAACGACGUGCUCAUUAGCCAGCCAGCUGCGGAACACAAAGCACGCAAACAGCCACAGAACACCAGGUGAACAAGCAGGUGUGGAUGUGCACUGCUCCUUGCCCUUAGAGGGAAUAGAACCAACAUGAAGAUACUUCUUAUAGACCUGGCUUUUGAACCUUUUAUUUUUAACGCAUCUCGGCUUUCUUUUAGGUGCAUCUUGACUGGUUAAGAAAAGCUGCAGUAUGACAGUAUUUAGUCUUCGCACGUACUGAAAAUGGAAAUCCUUCCUUCAAAGCCAAGAGGCAUCCGGGGACCGACAGUAACACAGCAAAACCCAAGAUCCUGCAGUAUGUCAAGUACUUCACUGCCACGGACUCCUUCAUGUGUACCAGGGUUUAAGUGAAGUACUUGGAUAUAUUUGAAAACCUCUACAGUAGUCCGUAAGAGCAAACCCUGAUGGAGAUUGAAAGCAGAUCACCACCAAUGGUAAGCCGCUGAGAAAAUGGAGUGGGGAAGUCUUAAUACGCAUCUCAAGCAAGUAUAGGUUAAAUAACUUUUAGUCAAUAAGGGAAGCUAAUUUUGUGCGAUUAUCUGCUGAAGCUUAAUUUCCAAAGUGUGUCACAUGCCUGUUUUAGCAUGGAUAGUGUUUUCCAUACAUCAACUAAAUAAGUAUCAACUGCCCAGAACUCACAAAAAAGUGCAAGUAGUUGCAUGCGUGGAAGUAACCAUUUUGUUUAGAAGUACAAGUACGCUUUUCCAUCUGUGAAAACCAUUGCUUCUUAAUUUUGCCCAUCACAAAGUAAACCAAAAAGCAAAUCUAAUUGAGAGGUACAUUACAGACGGCCUGAAAACUUAAAUGCAUUGCUUUCCAUCUUAGAUUCAACUCCAUUUCCACAAAGGCUUCUUUUUUUUUUUCCUGCUACCAGUGAUAAUGAUACCAGUACCUAACACAGUACCUAAAAUAAAGAUGAUAUUUUAUACGGCAUUUCUAUACACAUAAGAUGAAACAAAGACAUGUUUACAGGAAAUAAAUAAGAACAACAGCCUUAGCCAGGCGAUGCUAAGAUCCACGGUUUACACGUAGCACAAGACCAGAGAGUUCUUUUCAAAAGCUGCUGGCUGAAAUUCCUCCUCAUCUCUACUGGACUCGUUUUGACUCAAAUAAAACAUGUUAUAUACAGUAUAGGGCAUUCUUCUGACAAAAGUGAUCCUUCUGUUCAGACUGUUUCUUCUGUCUGAGAAGCUGAAUGCAACUUACCACUAUACGAUUACUCAAAAGUGUUGAGAAAGAACACAUUUAGCUGUUCUGUAAAGUAUUCUGUACCUUAAGCUUUCUGAAAUGAUAAGAUAAAGUCUGCAAAAUAUUUUUUUUUUUUUUAGAAUUGCUUAAACCAUUGUUACAUGCUUUUUCAUAGAAUGCAAUGAAACCUCCAACUCUUAAGAACAAUUUUCCUUUAUCAGGUUAUCGGAUAAUAUAACAACACUUAAUUAUAUAAUUUUGUUCUGGAAGGCACCCAGCCUCUUAUCUCAAAAAUAUUCCCAAUGUAAUUACUAUUAGAUACUGGUAUGUAGUUUGAUAUGCAGCAUUAUUCAACCAGGAUACAAUAGCCAGAAGUUCCAAGGAGGACUUUUUUUUAGCAUAGCAUUACUGUAUUUCAUGUUAAUUACAAACUAUGAAAAGUUUUUGUAUUUAACAAAAAUAUGGGAAACAAAUGAUAUGCCAUGUUAACUUCAGUAAAUAUUAAUAACAGACAAAAUGAAAGACCUUUUGUUUGCUUUCAUGAUAUGUUUGGCAAAAAAUACACAACUACCUAGAAGACAGACAAUAACUGUAAUCAACAUUUUAAAGCCUGGUCCCUCAGUGACUUCUGUGUCAGUCAUCAGCUUAGGCAUGCAACAAGCUUAUAAUUUUUUCAUCAUACAAUGGAAACUAAACAUUUUGAAAAUCCUGCCAGUUUCCUGUUGAAAACACUAGCUCAAAGAAAAAAAAGGGGAGGUGGAGGGGGAAAGUAAUGCGUUAAGGACACCACAUACAGUAAUGUGAAAUGGUAAGGUUACAUAAUUAGAAAAAAUAAAAAUAAGUUAUU